GUUCUGACAUUUGUAGAAUUUCCUUGCUUCCCACCCUUUUCUCCGCCUUGUUCCGUUUGGCGCUUGGAUGCUACAGUUCACAGCAAUUUUGUCAACGAAGAUGAGCCAUCAUCAGUUACGGCGUAAGCCGUUUUGUGACCAACGCCUGCUGCCGUAAAGAUUUUGUGGAUAAUUACCUUCGAGAAACUGAAAAUACAACAUGGAAGGGCAAGAGUUCGUGGAUGGGUGGAUAAGGGGCCAGAUCCUGGGAGAGGGAGCAUACGGCGAGGUGCAGUUGCUUCUAAACAAAUCUACGGGAGAGGCAGUGGCCAUGAAGGUGAUAGAACUGGGGAAACUUGGGGUCGACCAAAUGGUUAAAAAAGAAGUUUGCAUCCAUCGUAGGCUGAACCAUCAAAACAUAAUCAAAUGUUUUGGAAGUCGCCAGGAGGCCAACAAACACUACAUUUUCUUGGAAUAUGCAUCAGGAGGAGAACUCUUUGAUCGAAUAGAACCUGAUGUUGGAAUGGAAGAGUGGCAGGCACAGAAAUACUUCAAGCAGCUUCUAAAUGGUGUGGAGUACAUGCACUCCCAGGGCAUUGCCCAUCGAGACUUAAAGCCUGAAAACCUGCUUCUGGACAACCAUGAUAACCUCAAGAUUUCAGACUUUGGUAUGGCUACAAUAUUCCGCUUCCGUGGACAGGAGCGACCUCUAGAAAAGCGCUGUGGUACUCUUCCAUACUUGGCUCCUGAAGUGAUGCUCCGAACAUAUCUGGCAGAGCCAGCUGACAUCUGGGCCUGUGGGAUAAUUUUAGUUGCCAUGUUGGCUGGAGAACUUCCAUGGGAUCAACCAACAGCAGACUGCCCAGAGUUUAUGGCAUGGAAGGAUCGUAAGUGGCACACUCUCAGUCCAUGGACCAAGAUUGACACUGUAGUCCUGUCCUUGGUUCAGAGGUUAUUGCUGCCACUGCCAAAGAGCAGAGCCAAAAUACCAGAGAUCAAGGGGCAUCGUUGGAUGCAAAAGAAGUUUAGCAGAAAUAUGGUUGGUGUCAUCCGGCCUGCCAUCCAAGUGACGCCCCCUCGGCCUACCAAACGCCUAUGCUCUGAUGUGGACUUGCCUUCACCUGAGCAUGUUUCAACACGCCUGUGCCAAUCUCAACCAGAAACACGCAUAGUGUGUGCAGUGGACACAGAUUGUGAUGAUUCGCCGAAUGCUGAUGUGGUGAGCUUCUCACAGCCAGCACAGUUUGAGGAUCUGUUGCUGAGCUCCCAGUUGCACUCGACUCAAAGCACUACGACCAGUCAAAAUGUGUACCAGAAGCUAGUCAGACGCAUGACACGCUUCUUUGUGAAGCUCUCAUGUGAGCAGAGUAUUAAAUUACUUCUCUCUGCUUUGGGUGACCACGGAUGGUCAUGUAAGGCCACAACAAGGCAGGUGACUGUAACCUGUGUAGACAAGAGAAAAAUGCCUCUUACAUUCAAGGUUAACGUUUUGGAUAUGGAUGGCCAGACAUUGCUGGAUUUCCGCUUAUCGAAAGGGUGUGGCUUGGAGUUCAAGAAAUGUUUCCUGAAAAUAAAGGAAUCUUUGGAAGAAGUGGUUGAAAAGGGUCCUGUGACAUGGCCCAUUGCCAUUGCAACUAACACAGUACCCUGACACAAAUAUGCAGUCAUUACCUAUAAUGAGGGAAAAUGCUUUUACUGGCUUGUUUAUUACAAGAGUAUGAAAUAAGCAAGAACUUUCGUGUGUUGUUGAAAUUGCAAGAUACAGAUAUCUUCAUGCAGUCAACUGGAAAAGGUGUCUCAAUGCAUGAAAUGUGCUAUUAUUAUGUGCCCAAAUAGCAAUGUCUUUCAGACACUUUGUCAAAUUACAAUCCAUUGCAGAUAUUUUGAACUUUACACAAGAGAACGGAAAAACAUGGAGUUCCAAAAAAUAUUGAUUCUUUAUUAAUGUCUUGGCAGUAGAAUUGCUGAGUGGUUAUUGUGUAUGGUUUUCUAUCAGUAAUUUUCAAAAUUUAAUUUUGGACUUGCUUUGGGGAAUUUGGGGGAAGAAGCUUGUACAUGAAUGGAAAAAUUCAAUAUUUCUAGAUCUGAACCUCAACUCAGUCGGGUUUUUUCAUCCUGUUGUUACUUCAAAGUGGAGAGAGUUAGACUUCGGGUUUCUGCCAAGGAUUGUAAUUCAUAAUUUCCUUGUUACUUGUAACAUGUAUAUAACAUGUCAACUUGUUAAAUUAGUCAUUGAAAAAGAGUAUGAGAAACGAAGUAUGAUAGAACCAAACAGGAUCUAAAAUCCCAAUACAUAGAUUGUUUCCUUAGGAUAUUGAACAGCAAUGAAAAAAUGUUUAUAGUGUUCCUAACAAUACUGCCUUGUCUCCCAGUGAAUUGCCGUUUUAGAGCAUAUGCAAGGAAAGUACCUCAUUUAUUCUCAAAGUUUCAUCGAGAAUGGUUUUGAAGUACAAAAUUCCAGUCUUUGUAAUGCAGACUGGGCUGUUGUGAUAUUUUUUCAUAAGGACUGAAACUAAUAUAAGAGUUGUUACAGAAUCUUCCAUUUUUAAGGCUGAACACUUUUCCUAACAAUUGAUUCCCUACUUUAAAUGAUAUUCUUAAGGAUACUAAACCAUAAGUUUAUAAAUAUAUUGCAGUUAUAGUUCCGUAAUAAACUUGCAGAUCAUUGAAAACAGAAUUGAGAAAUGUUGUUAAUAGGCAUUGCGUAAUGUCAAUAGCUAGUACAUGACUCCACAUUAAAUGGAAUUGACUGAAAUUUCCUUUAAAAUCAACAAUCACCAAAGUGCUUUAAUAUUCAAAUAAAUGCCAUAUGUUUUAGGAUAUACCAGAAAUGCCUUUUUCAUAAAAUGUUAGGUGAGAUAGACCUCUCUACAUUCACAUUUUUUAAAUAUUAAUUAUAUUUGACCUUUGCAUGAGAGGAAGUUAAUAGUUUUGGAGUAUUUUAUUCAUUAUUUGUCAUGAAGCAUUUAAUGAAAUUUUAAUGUCUAGAUUAUUGUUAAUAUAUGAAGAUGAUUUUUAUUGACAAAUGUAAUUUGAAGCAGUGUAAUUCUAAUUGAAGUUAUUACCGAAAGAAUUCCUCCCAAUUUGUCUGAAUAUUGUUAAUUUGUCGUUUGUUUUUAUUAACAUGUUCUAUGUAAUCAAAUAAUCUCAUGAUCAUUGAUCAAUAUUCAAUUCUUUAGAAUAUUGGUUGCAUCCAGGAGGCAUAAAUUGUUGAAUUUUUGUAGUAGUGCAUUAGAUACAUGUAUGACAAGAUCUGAUAGUGUCUCUUUUUGUAGUUCUCAGUAUGCUUUAAUAAUGCUGAAACAUUUUCAUAAUGUAAUGGUGGGCAUACUUAUUGAGAAAUCUGCAAUAAUAUCCGCCAUUUUGGCAUUUUCUAGCAUGCAGUGUGAGUACCUGAUAUUUCAUUAUUUUUGUUCUUUUUGUAGCUACCAUGAAUUUUGUAAUAAAUUUAUAUAUGAAAUUAUUGUUUUAUUUCUU